GCCUUUCCUUUUUCCACUAAAAAAAACUUCUUUCUUUGCUAAUAAAAUUUAAAAUGCUUGCACUUGCCCACGAAAGAGCUGUCGCCAUUCAGGCCGUUCUCCAAGCUAGCAAAGUCUGCCAGUCGGUGUUCCAGCAUCUUGUUGCGAAUGAGACGCUGACUAAGAAUGACAAGUCUCCAGUUACAGUUGCCGAUUUCUCUGCACAGGCCAUUGUCAACACAUAUCUCGAAAAGGCCUUUCCCAACGACGCUAUUAUUGGCGAAGAAGACUCCCAAGACCUACGCGGCGAUACAGGAAAAGUUCUUAGAGAAAAGGUCCACUCUUUAACAAACGGUGUUCUGAGUGCUAGCCAGCAAUUGAGUGAAGACCAGAUCCUGAAGGCCAUUGACCGUGGAAAUUAUGCCGGUGGUGCUACUGGACGUCACUGGGCUUUGGAUCCUAUUGAUGGUACAAAAGGCUUUUUGCGCGGUGGGCAAUAUGCCGUAUGUUUGGCUUUGAUAAUCGAUGGUGUUGUUGAGCUUGGUGUAAUGGGAACUCCUAACCUUCCUAUCGAUGCCUCAAAGCCUGAUGGUGAACGCGGCUCUUUGUUCGUUGCCGUUCGUGGUCAAGGAGCUUUCCAGCGUCCUUUCUCGAGCGAGAAAGAAGUACCUAUCCACUUUGCUGAUGUUUCUUCCACUAAAGAUGCUACAUUUUGCGAAUCUGUUGAGGCUGGACACUCUUCUCACAGCGAUGCUGCUCAAAUCGCAAGCGAAUUAGAAAUUACUCGCCCUGCCGUGCGCAUGGACAGUCAGGCUAAAUAUUGCUCGAUUUCCCGUGGUGAUGCUGAUAUAUACCUUCGCUUACCCGUCAGCGACACAUACGUAGAGAAGAUCUGGGAUCAUGCUUCUGGAAAUGUGUUGGUAACUGAGGCUGGUGGAAAAGUGACUGAUAUUCAUGGUAACCUCUUGGAUUUCUCUAUCGGACGUACAUUGGCCAAAAACAAGGGCGUUAUUGCUUCAAGUUCCCGUCUUCACGACAGUGUACUCAAGGCUGUCCAGAAAGUCCUUAAGCUUUAAUAAAAUAGAGUAAAAAGAAGACCGUGUAACCCACCUCUCCAUGUCAAAAAAAAGUUGAAGUCCGGGGUAUGCCAAGCCACAUUGAUUAAGACCCUUUUCUUCUAUUAGUCUAAAGCAAGUAGAAAAAAAGUGAAAAAAGUCUCAGUAGCGGAUUAAAUUUUACUUUGUACUUUUCUUCUUCCACCCCCCCUACUCUCAAAUAUAUUUUAAAGG